AUGAGUGAUGCUGAGAUGGAAAUAUUUGGGGUGGCCGCCCCGUACCUCCGCAAGCCGGAGCGGGAGCGGAUCGCGGCCCAGAACAAGCAGUUUGAUGCCAAAACAGCUGUCUAUGUGGCGGACCCAAAGCAGGAGUAUGUAAAAGGAAAAAUCAGGGGCCAAGAUGGCUCCAACGUUACUGUGGAAACUGGGGAUGGAAAGGUUGUGGUCGUAUCACAGGAUGACAUUCGCCCCAUGAACCCUCCUAAAUUCGACAAGAUUGAGGACAUGGCCAUGUUGACCCAUCUCCAUGAGCCUGCUGUGCUCUUCAAUCUCAAGGAGCGCUACGCUGCCUGGAUGAUCUACACCUACUCAGGCCUUUUCUGUGUGACGGUGAACCCCUACAAGUGGCUUCCAGUCUACAACCCAGAGGUAGUGGCGGGGUACCGCGGGAAAAAGCGGCAGGAAGUCCCACCCCAUAUCUUCUCCAUCUCUGACAACGCCUACCAGUACAUGCUCACAGAUCGUGAAAACCAGUCCAUCCUGAUCACUGGAGAAUCUGGUGCCGGGAAGACUGUGAACACAAAGCGUGUCAUCCAAUAUUUUGCAACAAUUGCAUCCAUCGGUGACUCCAGUAAGAAGGAGAGCGCUGCCAGUGGUAGAAUGAAGGGCACUCUGGAGGAUCAAAUCAUCCAGGCCAACCCACUGCUGGAGGCUUUUGGAAAUGCCAAGACUGUGAGAAAUGACAACUCUUCUCGUUUUGGAAAAUUCAUUCGCAUCCACUUUGGAACAAAGGGGAAGCUGGCAUCAGCUGAUAUUGAAACUUACCUUCUGGAAAAAUCCAGGGUAACUUUUCAGCUUCCGGCAGAGCGGAGCUAUCACAUCUUUUAUCAGAUCUUGUCAAACAAGAAGCCAGAUUUAAUCGAAAUGCUGCUCAUAACCACCAAUCCAUACGACUACCCUUUUAUCAGCCAGGGUGAGAUCACUGUGCUAAGCAUCAAUGAUACAGAGGAGCUGAUGGCCACGGAUAGUGCCAUUGACAUCCUGGGCUUCAACAUGGAGGAGAAGCUGGGCAUCUACAAGCUGACCGGUGCUGUGAUGCAUAACGGCAACAUGAAGUUCAAGCAGAAGCAGCGAGAAGAGCAGGCCGAGCCCGAUGGCACUGAAGUGGCUGACAAAGUCGCUUAUCUCAUGGGCCUAAACUCUGCCGACCUGCUGAAAGCCCUGUGUUACCCCAGAGUGAAGGUUGGGAACGAAUAUGUUACCAAAGGGCAAACCGUCCAGCAGGUGAACAAUUCGAUGGGUGCCCUGUCUAAGGCAGUGUAUGAGAAGCUGUUCCUGUGGAUGGUCACCAGGAUAAACCAGCAGCUCGACACCAAACUGCCAAGGCAGCAUUUUAUUGGUGUCUUGGAUAUUGCGGGGUUUGAGAUUUUUGAGAUGAACAGCCUGGAGCAGCUGUGCAUCAACUUUACAAACGAGAAGCUGCAACAGUUUUUCAACCAUCACAUGUUCGUGUUGGAGCAAGAGGAAUACAAAAAGGAAGGGAUCGAGUGGGAGUUCAUUGACUUUGGCAUGGACUUGGCGGCCUGCAUUGAGCUCAUUGAGAAGCCGAUGGGUAUUUUCUCCAUCCUUGAAGAGGAGUGCAUGUUUCCUAAGGCGACUGACGGCUCCUUCAAGAACAAGUUGUAUGACCAGCACCUUGGAAAGAACAGCAUCUUCCAGAAACCCAAGCUGUCCAAAGGCCGGGCCGAAGCCCAUUUCUCUCUGGUGCACUAUGCCGGCACCGUGGACUACAACAUCAGCGGCUGGCUGGAGAAAAACAAGGACCCGCUGAACGACACGGUGGUCCAGCUUUACCAAAAGGCCGCCCUGAAACUGCUGUCUCAGCUAUUUGCCACAUACGCCACCGCUGAUGGUCAAAAUGCUGGAAUGAGAAAUAAGAAAAAUGCUAAGAAAAAGGGCUCCUCUUUCCAAACCGUUUCUGCACUUUUCAGGGAAAACCUCAACAAGCUUAUGGCUAACCUCAGAUCCACACAUCCGCACUUUGUACGAUGCAUUAUCCCCAAUGAGACCAAGACACCAGGGUCCAUGGAUCACCAUCUCGUUCUGCACCAGCUGCGCUGUAACGGUGUGCUGGAGGGAAUCAGGAUUUGCAGGAAGGGAUUCCCCAGCAGGAUUCUCUACGGAGACUUCAGGCAGAGAUACAGAAUCCUGAAUGCCAGUGCAAUCCCUGAGGGGCAGUUUAUCGACAGCAAAAAGGCUUCAGAGAAACUGCUCUCCUCUAUCGAUGUGGACCAUGCCCAGUAUAAGUUCGGAUACACAAAGGUGUUUUUCAAGGCUGGUCUUCUGGGUCUCUUGGAGGAGAUGAGAGAUGAACGUCUGGCGGUGCUGAUGACACGGAUCCAGGCUGUGGCCAGGGGUUAUGUCACCAGGCUGAGGUUUAAGGAGAUGUCAAAGAAAAGGGAGUCCAUCUUUAUCAUCCAGUACAACAUCCGCUCUUUCAUGAACGUGAAGAACUGGCCUUGGAUGAGGCUUUUCUUCAAAAUAAAGCCGCUGCUGCGAAGUGCAGCAGCAGAAAAGGAGAUGCAGAACAUGAAAGAGGAGUUCUCACGCAUGAAAGAGGAGUUCUCCAAGUCCGAGGCCAGGAGGAAGGAGCUGGAGGAGAAAAUGGUGAUGCUUGUACAGGAGAAGAAUGACCUCUAUCUACAAAUUCAGGCAGAGCGAGAGAACCUCUGCGAUGCUGAGGAGAGGUGUGAAGGCUUGAUAAAGAGCAAGAUACACCUGGAGGCCAAAGUCAAAGAGUUCUCUGAGAGGCUCGAGGAAGAAGAGGAAGUCAAUGCUGAAAUCACCGCUAAAAAGAGGAAGCUGGAGGACGAGUGUUCGGAGCUCAAGAGGGACAUAGAUGACCUCGAGCUUACCAUUGCCAAGGUGGAGAAGGAAAAAUAUGCAACAGAAAAUAAGGUGAAGAAUUUGAUAGAAGAACUCACCACGCUGGAGGAAAACCUGAUGAAGUCAUCGAAGGAGAUCAAGGCCUUGCAAGAGGUACAUCAGCAGACCUUGGAUGACCUUCAGGCUGAGGAGGAUAAAGUUAACUCUCUCACAAAAAUCAAAAUCAAGCUGGAGCAACAGGUUGAUGACCUUGAGGGGUCUCUGGAGCAGGAAAAGAAGGUGCGUGCAGAUUUGGAAAGAUCCAGAAGAAAACUCGAGGGGGAUCUGAAGCUGUCUCAGGAAACCAUCAUGGACCUGGAGCAUGAAAGACAACAAAUGGAUGAGAGGCUGAAAAAAAAGGACUUUGAACUCAGCAGUCUGCAGUGCAAAGUUGAGGAUGAACAAGUGCUCAGCACUCAACUACAGAAGAAAAUUAAAGAACUUCAGGCUCGCAUUGAGGAGCUCGAAGAAGAAAUCGAGGCUGAGCGCUCCACCCGGGCCAAGGUGGAGAAGCAGAGGUCGGAUCUCUCCAGGGAACUUGAAGAGAUCAGUGAGCGGCUCGAGGAGGCCGGAGGAGCCACCGCAGCUCAGGUCGAGAUGAACAAGAAGCGCGAGGCCGAGUUCCAGCGACUACGCCGUGAUCUUGAGGAGUCCACCCUGCAGCACGAGUCAAUCGCCGCCACCCUGCGCAAGAAACAGGCUGACAGUGUCGCCGAACUGGGUGAACAGAUAGACAACCUCCAGAGAGUCAAGCAGAAACUUGAGAAGGAGAAGAGUGAAUUAAAAAUGGAGAUUGAUGACAUGGUCAGCAAUGCAGAGACCAUUCUGAAAAGCAAGGCUAACAUGGAGAAACUGUGCAGGAGCCUUGAAGACCAGUGCAGUGAAUAUAAGGCCAGGGCAGAUGAAGCCCAGAAGUCUCUGAGUGACAACACUACACUCAGUGCUCGUCUGCAAACAGAACAUGGAGAACUUUCGCGGCAGCUGGAAGAAAAGGAAGCUACUCUUUCCCAGUUGAACAGGGUGAAAUCUGUUGGGAGUCAACAAAUUGAAGAGCUGAAGAGACUUCUGGAUGAGGAAACUAAGGCAAAGAACGCCCUAGCUCACAGUUUGCAGUCGGCACGUCAUGACUGUGAACUCCUCAGGGAGCAGUAUGAGGAGGAGCAGGAGGCCAAAGCAGAGCUGCAGCGCUGCAUGUCCAAGGCCAACAGUGAGGUGGCUCAGUGGAGAACCAAGUAUGAGACCGAUGCAAUCCAGCGCACCGAGGAGCUCGAGGAGGCCAAGAAGAAGCUGGCCCAGCGACUCCAGGAGUCUGAGGAGAUGACUGAGGCGGGCAACGCCAAGUGCGCUUCACUGGAGAAGACUAAACAAAGGCUGCAGGCGGAAGUGGAAGAUCUCAUGGUUGAGCUGGAGAGGUCGAAUGCCGCCAAUGCUACCUUGGACAAAAAACAGAGAAUCUUUGAUAAGGUUCUUGCUGAGUGGAAACAGAAGUAUGAGGAAAGUCAGUCAGAGCUUGAAGUCUCUCAGAGAGAGUCGAGGGCUCUGAGCACAGAACUCUUCAAACUGAAAAACUCGUAUGAGGAGGCUCUGGACCACUUGGAGAGCAUGAAACGAGAGAAUAAGAAUCUCCAACAGGAGAUAACAGAUAUUACUGAACAAGUAGGACAGUCUGCGAAAACCAUCCACGAACUGGAGAAGGCAGCAAAGCAAACUGAACAGGACAAAAGGGACAUCCAAGCAGCUCUUGAGGAGGCGGAGUCCUCCCUUGAGCAUGAGGAGGCCAAACUGCUACAUCUUCAAUUGGAGCUGAACCAGAUUAAAUCAGAAGUGGACAGAAAGUUGGCAGAGAAAGACGAAGAAAUUGACCAACUCAAGAGGAACCACCAGAGAACGGUUGACACGUUGCAGAGCACGCUAGAUGCUGAGACCCGCAGCAGGAAUGAUGCGAUCCGGGUGAAGAAAAAGAUGGAGGGGGACCUGAAUGAGAUGGAGAUCCAGCUGGGCCAUGCCAACCGCCAGGCGGCUGAGACCACCAAACAGCUCAGAAACCUCCAGUCUCAACUCAAGGACACUCAAGUCCAUUUAGACGAAGCCCUGCAUGCUCAGGAGGACCUAAAAGAGCAACUGGCCAUUGUAGAGCGCCGCAACACUCUGAUUUUGGCUGAGCUUGAGGAGAUGAGGGCUGCCCUGGAGCAGUCAGAGAGGUGUCGUAAGUUGGCUGAACAAGAACUGAUUGAUGUCAAUGAGAGGAUCCAGCUGCUGCACUCUCAGAACACCAGCCUCCUGAGCAAUAAAAAGAAGAUGGAGUCCGACAUAGCACAGCUGCAGUCAGAGAUGGAGGACACUGUACAGGAGGCAAGGAACGCAGACGAAAAGGCCAAAAAAGCCAUCAUGGAUGCCGCCAUGAUGGCUGAGGAGCUGAAGAAAGAGCAGGACACCAGCGCUCAUGUUGAGAGGAUGAAGAAAAAUCUGGAGGCUACAGUGAAGGACCUUCAGCAACGCCUGGAUGAAGCAGAGCAGAUUGUUCUGAAAGGCGGGAAGAAGGAACUGCAAAAACUGGAAUCCAGGGUCCGCGAGUUGGAAAAUGAACUCGAGGCAGAACAGAAACGAAGCUGCGAGGCCAUGAAGGGAAUGCGAAAGUAUGAGAGAAAAAUAAAAGAACUUACAUACCAGGGUGAGGAGGAAAAGAAGAAUGUGGCAAGGCUGCAGGACCUGGUCAACAAGCUGCAGUUGAAAGUGAAAGCAUAUAAACGACAGUGUGAGGAGGCGGAGGAGCAAACAAGCAUUCAUUUGGCCAAAAUCCGGAAGGUGCAACAUGAGCUUGAGGAAGCUGAGGAACGAGCAGAUAUCGCUGAAUCCCAAGUGAACAAGUUACGAGCGAAGAGUCGUGAUGUUGGUGGCAAAGGAGAAUAGAUAUCGGCAGCUUCUACUGUUUUAUCUCACCUUGUCAAAAGAUCCAACUAGUAGGU